GAAGGAACGAACGAACGGACGGAACGAACGAACGGACGGACGGACGGAACGAUUCAAGUAUUUGCAAAUGAAGGAGCGAAUGAGCGUUAAAACAUCUGUAAUAGCGACAGAAGGAUGAUAGAUGAUGAUCUACAGCACAGGAGAUGAACUGCUGUUGUUUAAUUGCGAUGUUUUAACGCUCAUUCGCUCCUUCAUUUGCAAAUACUUGAAUCGUUCCGUCCGUCCGUCCGUUCGUUCGUUCCGUCCGUUCGUUCGUUCCUUCGUCCCAAAAUCUCUUAAAGAGAUAGCGCUUGGGGCCACGACGAGACGUUCAUCUCGGGCUGGCGACGAUCUUUUCGCACCAAAAACAGACAUGGUUCAUAGUAUUUGUCUGAAUUUGUGUGAGCAGGGUGGAAAUAUAGUGAGUCCGUUCCGUAAUUGUUAUACUCGAGAACAGGACGAGGACGAUCUUUUUUUCGCCAUUCGCAGUAAGAGGCAGGUGCAGCAUGCCUGUGAGCAGGCGCGUCGUCUGGGUGUGCCGGCGAGCGGGCCCGUGAGCAGGCCGGCGAGGAGGCCUGCCCGCGCUGCGACCACCCAGGAUGAGAAUGCUGCUGCUGGCCGUGGUCGCCACUGCGGCCUUCCUGCGACCCGGCCUUGCAGAUGACAAUGAGUACCGUCUCACUCGCUUCCUCAUGGACAAGUACGACGCCUCAGUUCGGCCCGUGGAAAACGCGUCGAUGCCGCUCCAGGUCACUUUUGGCGUGUCCCUUCACCAUAUCAUCGACGUGGACGAAAAAAACCAGAUCCUGACGACCAACUGCUGGUUGACGCAGAUCUGGCUCGACCACCACCUCAGGUGGAACCAGAGCGAGUUCAACGGGAUCAACGUGGUGCGUAUCCCGUUCAACCGCGUCUGGAAGCCAGACCUCAUCCUCUACAACAACUGCGUGGGCGGGCCACAACAGCAACAGUGGCGCGCUGGCGGGCGCCUUUUCAGAAGGUGAGUGUUUAUUCGACGUCGCCAUUGGCGAAGGAGAGUGUAGUGUUGGCGCAUCCCUGACCUAUGUGAGUAUUAUCAUAGAGGGGGGGGGUAGAGAAGAAGGCGACCGGGGCCCAUAUGACUCCGCAAAAGGCGCCGCGGAAUGUGUAAUUCGAUGGCCCGGCGGGGUUGGGGGGGCGUUGCAUUCUUUGCUCGUCCGCUAGCCUCGCCGCGCAUCGCGCGCCCUCGCAUAAUCCGCCCUCGCGUGAAGGGAGGGUGAGGGGCUAUAUGCGGGUUGCCAAACAUUUAAGUUCUCUUCUCUGCUCACUCUUCAUACCGAUCUUGAUGGUAAGUCUUCACGAACGGCUCCAGCUAAAAGUUUCUAAAAUCUUGUUUGUAGAGUGAGUUAAGGGCACCCCCCCCCCCCCCCCCCCCAACUGACAGUGGAAUUGCCAUAACAUUCACACAAAACUUAUACGGUCCCCUGAAGUAUACCCUCGUGUAUAAGGCUCAGCUCGAAAUUUGCCGGCAAUCGUCUGCUUAUCCAUCGUUGAAAAGCAAAUAUACCAAGUUAGAGUAGAAUCGGGCAUUCCAAAUCCGGCCUGUACGUCUCGAUUGGACCCCGAGAACCACUCGCUCAAGGUCUUUGCAUUUUAACAUGAGUUUCUUAUGGGGCCGGCUUUUGGGUGUAAAAUCGGUAAAAUCGAAAAAAUGACCAUGUAGCGUCAGAAAGCCACCAUUUAGCAAUAUAAUUAUGAAAUUCGUAAUACGCGUUAAAAACUGAUUUCAUCAAUGUAACCUUUGUUACCGUAGCAGCCAGUACCCAGAUUUGCUACCUCUCAUAAAUCUCCAUAUUUUGAAAACUGGGGGAAAACUCAAAGCUUAGCAAAUCUGCCCAGUGCAUGGGUCAUCUCGAUCUAAGACAUCUAAUCGCCGGUCUGAUAUUUUUCCUGCCGUCGGCCACCCGGCCACCGUAGCAUCAGGUCGUAGCUCGAUCGCUCGUUGCAAGAGUAAGCACUGUUAAAUUCCUGCGAAGUAGUUUGCUCCUUUGUAACUACGAAGCAUUUGCUUUGCAAUUACGAAGUGACACUUUGCAAUUGCAAAGUAAAUGCUUCGUUACAAAGGAGCAAAAUACUUCGGAGCUCUGCAAAGCAAACGCUUUGUAGAAAUUUAACAGUGAGUAGCUGCAUCUUAUCUACAAAAUGCACCGAUGAUCACUUUGCAGAUCUGGAGGCGCAGUUCGUCCGCGUGCUUAUGCGCGUCAACGCCACCAUCGAGCGCAACGAAGCCCGACUGGCGGAGCAGGAGCGGCGCGAGACGGCCGAGCUCGAGUGGAAGCAGGUGGCACUGGUGCUGGACCGCUUCCUGC